CAUCGCGGCUUCACAGACUUUAUGGACCAGUGAGCAUUGCUGCUGCUAAACCAUAACACAGAGGAAGCAAGCAGUAGCACAAAGCCAGGAAUGGAAGCAGAUAAGAGGUGAAGCUCUGUCAUCGUGAGGACUUUAAUACAGGUUUCCUGGUGUCCAAACACUGUGUCCUAAAAAGAAUGGAGGAUUCAUCAAAAGAAGAGUACAGGAUCCAGUCUUUUGACAUGGAGACACAGAAAUUGCUCAAAACAGCACUGAAAGAUCCAGGCUCUGUGGACUUGGAGAAGGUGUCUAAUGUCAUUGUGGAUCAGUCUCUGAAGGAUCAAGUGUUUAGCAAAGAAGCCGGACGCAUCUGCUUCACUAUAGUGCAGGCAGAGGCCAAGCAGAGCACCAGCAGUGUGUUUCGCCGAAACCUUCUAAAUCGGCUCCAGCAGGAGUUCAAGGCUCGAGAAGACACAAGGAAGAAGUCCACUCAGGAGUGGGUGUGCUUAGUCUCCUUCAUCUGCAACAUCUUCGACUACCUCAAGGUGAACAACAUGCCAAUGAUGGCGCUAGUGCAUCCAGUUUAUGACUGCCUAUUCAGACUUGCUCAGCCUGACGCACUCAAAAACGAAGAGGAGGUGGACUGCUUGGUACUGCAGCUUCAUCGUAUCGGUGAGCAGCUGGAGAAAAUGAAUGUGCAGCGGAUGGACGAGCUGUUCUGCCUGCUGCGUGACGGUUUCCUCCUGCAGGAUGGCCUCAGCUCUUUGGGGCGUCUGCUUCUGCUUGAAAUCCUGGAGUUCCGCGCUGGUGGCUGGACGCUCAGCGAAACGGCGCAGAAGUACUACUACAGUGAGGUGACCGACUGAGGGAUUGGAAUGAGAAGAAUGAGAACGAGAAUGCCUGUUGGAUUGUGCUCGAAUGGGGUUCGGAUUAGGUCAGCUAGUGCUGGUGUUUCCAAUGGCAGAUGCCAGUACAGACAUUUGAAAAACAAAUGUCCCAAUAACCAAAUUUAUUUAAUACCUGACAGCUUCUGCGUAAAGAAUCCGUAAUACUAGGGCUGAUAUGAUAAAGAAAAAAGCCUCAAGAGGCCAUGUUUCACUGAUUUUGGUUGCCAAGCAACAUAAUGCUCAGAAAUUCUCGUUGAACAGCACAAUGGUUGUAAUAACUGAGUGCAUUAAUACAAACAGAAGAAAUCGCUUGUUGUAUGAAUGGACUGAUUGAGGCAGUAAAGGAAGAGGAACAAAUAACAGAAUGAUAAUAUGAAGAAGGCGUAAUCUUUAGAUUAGGCGAUUAAUCUGGUAAUAGCCAGUAGGUUAACUGAUUAUAUAAAGAAUUGUUAGUUGCAGAUCUAGAUCCAAUGCUGGUUCCAACAGAAAGAACAGAAGCCAUUGAUUUGAUGGCUUUGCUACAUACAGUAGAUUUUGAAAAUCAUGUUGACCACAAUUAUAUCAGCAUUCUCUGACACUAAUGAUUUUAUUUAAAGGGCCCAUAAUCUACAUUUUUCUUGUGUUAUCAUGUUCACUGAGGUCUGCUUAUGACAUUAGGUUAAAGUUACAUAACCACUUUCAAACUUAUUUUUUUCCUUUAAUAAUAAACAUGUUGUUUUUGUUAGGCUACUGUGAAUUUAAGCCUGGCAUAUGUAAAUGACUCUGCUCAUCCCACACUCCCACGGUGGGCAUACUUAGGCAGCAAAAUGACAGAUUUCCAUAUCGGGAAGUAAACAUUUAACAGUGUUUACAAUCAACUUCUACAGCUCUUUUAUUUGGCAGUGAGGAAAGUUCACUUUGACAUGAUAUGGACCCUUUAAAUAUUGAACUAAUGUGUCAACUGUAAAGACCACUGGUUGGGAACAUUUCCUUUAAUGAAAGACUGGAAAGGACACUGGAUGAGUGUCAAUAUUGGAAGUGAACUAAUAAUGCGUGAUUAAAGUAUUUCUGAUUGGGAAAGCUUUGCAAAUGUGGCUUUAGAGAGGGAACAAUACCCCACAUUUAUAGACAUUUCCUAUUACAGAGGUGUUUGAUUCAGUCUUACCAGUUUCUUUGGAUGACCAUCAAAUGAAGUGACUUUUGGUCAGUAUUCUGCUGAAUGAGAAUUAGUUUACAGUUAAGUUGCUAAAAUGAUCUUUACCAAAGGGUCAAGUUGUACAACCUUCAUUUAGGUCUUAGGUCAAGUUUGAUAGUUUCUAAUUGAGAACAGUGAGGCCACUGGGGGUUGUCUUUAAAAUGCCAGUCAAAUGGACCAGUGAACCUAAGGACCAAUCAAAAUGAAUCCUAUGGCACUUGCUAAAAUCUAACUGAAAUGUAACUAGUAGAAAAUGAGCCUUAGCUUCACAUUGUCCCAUUUCCACCAGAAAUAAGCCCAAAACAGAGAAAAUGUUCUGCUUUUGUUUUACAUCUUCCAGUUUGUUAGUAUAGAACUACUCUCCUCAAUGGUGCUUAAAUUAUUCUGUCAUCUAAAUUUCAAGCAUUUAGGAUUUUUUUUCUUUUAUUGGAAGGAAAGAGUUAAAUAGGAAUUCCACUGAUUUUUCAGAUUGUCUGUAUAAUUAAAAGGUUGAGAUGUAAACAGUGGUUUGAUGUGAAAUAGUUAAU